GAAAUUACCAUUCAACCAAUGUUUUUUACUGCAAAAUUUGCAAAACUUUGAGGAACCUAUUCUACUGAAUUGUGGAGGAGAAGGAGAAGGAUUGCAAUGGGUUCGUAUCCUCUUGUUUUUGUCAUCCUUGUGGCAUUACCAUUGCAAAGCAAGGCUGCAACUCCGUGUCCAAACACAGCCCAAUGCAGCUGUUCUCAGAAUAUCAUCGAAUGUCAUGACCGCCAUUUGAGCGCAGUUCCACAUUUUACAUCAGACUCCACCUUCACCGAGCUCCAUCUUCAAAACAAUGAUAUUGAUACAAUACCCGACGAUGCAUUCAAGAAUUUGCAGGGGGUUGUGCACAUCUACCUUCAAAACAACAACAUCUCCGUCGUGGAAUCGGACGCGUUUAGAGGAAAUGAACGGACUACCUUACUCGUCAAUUUCUCUCGUAAUAGUCUAACGGAUUUUCCAACAGCACUGGGCGUUCUCCAAAUUGUUCAGAGUAUAGAUGUUUCCUACAAUCCAAUCGACCAGAAUCAUUUUGAUGAACAUACAAUGUACGAACUGGGAGAUACACUCACAAGUCUUGUUUUUGGAUCAAACGAUCUUGAGCAGUGGCCAAUAACUCUUCGCCAUCUACAAGCACUCACAGUCCUCAGCGUGCUAGGAGGAUCGUUUUAUACUCUCCCUCCGACUGCGUUUCACGGUUUUGAAGGGACCCUCAAAACACUGACAAUACAGAACACAAAGUUAAUUGCAGUUCCGUUCGCUCUUUCAAAACUCAGGUUUCUUACCCACCUGUAUUUUGACCACAACCACGAUAUUGGUGACUCAGGAAUUUUGAUAACUUCUCUUAGCAAUAGGACACUCAACAAUCUCGAAUUCGUAUCGCUAAAGGAUGACGCACUGACCAUCUUUCCAUCUCUUCUGCAGUAUCUUCGAAACGUGGACACUCUUAUACUUGAUUCAAACAGACUUGCGUUUGUCAGCGAUUCGUCAGUACAAAAUGCCGUCGGUACAGCCAUUCGAUAUUUGAGUCUCCGAAACUGCUCUCUGUCCAGAGUGCCAGGGGCCCUUUCAAAGCUUACCAACUUGACCAAGUUGGAUCUUGCAGAGAAUGACAUUAGGAGUUUCGAGAACAGCGAUUUUACGAACAUGAGAAAGCUACAAGAACUUAUAAUAACCAGAAAUCCGCUUGAAUUCAUCGCCAACGAAACAUUUAAGGACCUAUAUUGUCUAGAAAAACUUGACAUCAACGAAUCAAACAUCAAAACUAUGCCGCAAGCCAUCAAAUUUCUUAACAGUCUUACAACACUACGCCUUCCACUUGACAAAAUCGAAUGCACGUGUAACAUCGUAUGGUUGAAGCAGUUCAUGGAGAAAUGUAACACCAACUUACAUAUCGAUGGCUCGUGUGAAACAAUCGACUCGUCAGUAGCAGAUUACCUGAGGAUUCACAUACCGAACUGCCCCAAUUUCAGUGGCAACUCUACCCUGUGCUCCCCUAACCAUUGCACCCCGUCUGGGUAAGCAGGAGACGCAUGAGACCACAAGUAUUGAUUAUGACUUUGAAUAUUGACAUGAGUUACCGCAUUGUUAACGUUGUACAUAUAUCUAAUAAAAUAUUUGAUUGCAUUGUA